AUGGCGGCCGAGGGAGAUGUCGACUUGGACCUGGAAGCCGAGGAGAACUGCACUGGAAAACCGGCAGAAAAGCCUCGGAAACAUGACAGCGGGGCCGCGGAUCUGGAGAGGGUCACGGACUACGCGGAGGAGAAGGAGAUCUCCAGCUCGGAUCUAGAAACGGUGAGAGAUCCGGGCUAAGGUUCAUGUGUGCCGGGAAACAUGCGGCCUGUGGGUGCUGUGGGCUCGGACCAUCAGCCCCGCAGACCUUAAAAUAAAGCAUUAAACUGUGAAAAGAGUUUCUUAAGUCUGUUAUCUGCGCCAGGAGUCAUGAAGCAUCUCUCUUAUAAUGAGUAACUGUGAUCUGACUGGUGCUUUACGACUCUUUGCCGUAAAUUUAACGGAAUAUUUACGACAUUACUGUCAAUGUUUUUUCUUCACUCAUUAAUAGUCAAAUUGAAUUGCUCUCAGCUUUGCUUGCUCAGCAUUUUCAUUUUCUAAAAGUGUCGUUUUCAUUGAUUGGCUGGAAAAAUGUUUUAAUUACAGAGAAAACAUUCCUGUUUUGACAUUAUUGGCUCUAAUGUGUUUGUGUCCAGUUGUUCUUCUCUGGUUAUUGAGAUAGAUGCUCAGAGUGAUAAAAUAUCUACGUAGAUUUAAUUAGACAAAAUGAUGUUUUGAGGGUUUUUUUCUCUUUCUUUGGGUCACUCCCAUUCACUGGAAUAAAAACUUCAAGAUUACAGUUGUUAAUUUACGAGAAUAAAGUCGUAAUAAAAUGAUUAUGAUACUUAUGAUAAUGUGGUGCUGAUGUGUUAAAAGGUCAAGUAUCUCCUUGUUUGAGAAACAUACUGAUGGACAUUUUCAGGAAAGCUCCACGGCUCUUAUUUCAACAACAUUCAUCUUAAACAACGGGCUGGAAUGUAAGGAAUUGUAUUACGACUUUAUUUACGCAAGAAAUGAUUUUAUUACGAUUUUAUGCUCGUUAUUAAUGACUUUAUUCUCGUGAAUUAACGACUUUAAUCUUGAAGUCUUCAUUUUUUACUUAACUGUGGAAGAAAAUAACUUUGAGUUAGUUUCAUACUUUAGAUGUUUGGAGAUGUUUAUCAGUCAAAUCCACCUGAAAGACUCCCUCUGUGUCUGGUGUUGCAGUUGUAUUUGGUGUCAUGUUUUCUGUAGAUCUGAGUUAAAAUGUUGAUUUUGUCCUCCUCAGGCUAUGUCAGUGAUCGGAGACAGAAGAUCACGAGAACAGAAAGCCAAACAAGAGAGGUAAAGUCAGUCAACCUUAAACUUUUGUUUUUGUCUGCAUAUAAAUCGGACAGUAAUCACAGAUAACUGAUGAUAGAGGCAACAGUUCAAAUUCAGUCUUUGCAGUUGUUCUCUAACAGGCUGUACUGUGAUGUUUGUAAGCAGAGAGGCUGUUCUGGUGCUCACUGUUUUUUUGUUUUCAGAGAAAAAGAGUUGGCCAAAGUCACCAUCAAGAAAGAAGACGUAGAACUUAUAGUAAGUUAUGCUUCUUUAAAUAUGGAUUUAUUUCGGUGCUGACACAUUAACUUGUAUUUUUUUGGGACUUCUGACUCAGGAUUUGACUUUUGAAACUAGCGUCUUAAAUGAUAAUUUUGUUCGUGUGUGCAGAUGUCAGAGAUGGAGAUUUCACGGGCGGUGGCGGAGCGCAGUCUGAGGGAACACAUGGGGAACGUGGUGGAGGCUCUGGUCGCUCUGACCAACUGA